UGAAAAAGUGAGAGUUGACACUGUAAACAAACAACAACAAACAUAUCUGAGAUUUCGCCGGAGCUGAGGAGUGAGAGAGGAGCAGCGAUCCAACGGUUGAGAUGUUUCUACGGGUAAUCGGACGGCCAUUAUUGGCUAAAGUGAAGGAGACUACGGGGAUCGUUGGGCUUGACGUUGUUCCGAACGCGAGAGUGGUGUUGAUCGAUCUCUAUAACAAAACCCUAAAGGAGAUCCAAGCCGUACCGGAGGAUGAAGGAUACCGUAAAUCUGUGGAAGCAUUCACGCGCCACCGUCUCAGUGUAUGCAAGGAAGAAGAAGAUUGGGAGGUGAUUGAGAAACGGCUUGGUUGUGGUCAGGUUGAAGAGCUUAUCGAAGAGGCACGCGAUGAGCUCACCCUCAUUGGGAAAAUGAUUGAAUGGGACCCUUGGGGUGUUCCAGAUGACUACGAGUGUGAAGUAAUUGAGAACGAUGCACCGAUUCCAAAGCACGUUCCUCAGCACCGACCUGGUCCUCUUCCUGCAGAGUUCUACAAAACGCUUGAAGGUCUACUUUCGGAAUCCAAAACAGAAAUCCCUGCUGCUACUAGCUCCAGCGACCCACAGUUGAAGGAGUAACUUCCAGUUUUACAAGUUGUGUGCUUGUUGCUUUUUUGUGGCUAGAGUUGUUCCCGAAUUGGUGGUCAGCCUAUGAAUAAAUUGCUUAAUAACUUUCAAAACUAUAACAAUGUUGUACGCUUUUCACAAAAGUGUUUUAUCAUUCUUAUUAAAAGCCUCAUAGGAGAAUACAUAUGUUGUUUCUUCCCU